AUGACUAAUGAAAUCCAGCUGAACAAGAAGAAAGUUGUGAAGAUGUGGAGUUGGGUUUUCACUGUAACUGUCCUGCUGUGCUCUGUGAAACACGCUGAAGCUCAGGACAGGUGUGAUAAUGUACAAGCUGCAGAUAUAGUUUUCCUGGUUGAUGGCUCUUCCAGUAUUGGCCGACCUAACUUCCUGCAGGUUAAGGGCUUUAUGGCUGGAAUUGUAAAGCCAUUUGCCAGCUCCGUGGGCGAGUCAGGGAUUCGGUUCGGUGUUGUACAGUACAGUGACACCUCGAGAGUCGAGUUCACGUUGACUGCCUACCUGAAUGGCACUGAGCUUGUCAACGCUGUCCAGAAUAUAAACUAUAAAGGUGGAAACACACGCACUGGUGCCGGCCUUAAGUUUGCUUCUGAUAACUUCUUCAACCCUGCCUCUGUUCGGGAUGUUCCAAAGAUCAUGAUCCUAAUCACAGAUGGGAAGUCACAGGACAAUGUGAACGAGCCAGCACAGAAGCUGCGCAGUCAGGGAGUUCAUGUUUUUGCAGUUGGCAUAAAGAGCGCAGACAGGAAUGAACUGGCUCAGAUCUCGUCCCAACCCACCAGUGAUUUUACCUUCUUUGUUGGGGACUUCAAACUGCUGAACACGCUGCUUCCUCUUGUGAACUCUCAAGUUUGCUCGAAAGCAGGAGGCGAUUAUGCUAGCGAUGAGGCGUUUGUUGGUCCAUCCAACCUGCAGUUCACAGGCCAGACGUCUGACUCUCUCAGGUUCCGAUGGAGUCCUGCAGGGGGCCCUGUGAGUGCCUAUGUGAUCCAGCAUGUGCCACUCACUGGUCUGGGUCAACCGGUCAUAGCAGAAAUGCGUCAGGAUAGCGUCACUGCCAAUCAGAGGACCUACACUGCACGAGGUUUAAGGUCAGGAACAGACUACCUGGUGACUGUCAUCGCCCAGUACCCCAACAGUGUGGGAGACUCUGUUUCUGCCAAGCAACGGACCAGGUCAUUGCCAGGUGUCUCCAGUCUGCGCUUGGUGGAAGCAGGUUUCUUUUCUCUCACUCUGGGCUGGAAUCAACCUUCAACUCCUGUCCAGGGCUACAGAAUCACCUACGGACCACAAGGUCAGCCGGCAGCUCAGCUGUUGGAGCAGACAUUGUCUGCAGGCUCCACAUCUGUCACCUUGGAGUCACUUCAGCCCGACACAGAGUACGUCAUCAGCCUCUACCCCUUGUUCCCACGAAACUCUGCAUCCCCGUCUGUCCUCAACGCCCGCACACUGAGCCUUGAGGUUGUGCAGCAGUUAUCAGUGGAGACUGAGUCAGAGGGCAGUGUUCGUGUGCGAUGGCGAGGUGUCAGCGGUGCGAGGGCGUACCGUCUGGUCUGGGGACCGUUUACAGGUCGUGAUGUAGAGACCGUGGAGGUCGGUGGUGACAUCGACUUCUACACGUUGUCCGGGGUCCAGCCAGAUACUGAGUACAUUGUUACUAUUAUCCCACUGUACGAGGGAAACACAGAGGCCUCUCCAACAACGGCCAGAUUCAAGAUAGAGCUUCAAGAGCAGCAGGUCCUCAGAGCAGCUAUCACCAGUCCCUCCUCUAUCCGCCUCACCUGGAGACUCAUUCAGUCGUCUCGAGGGUAUCGGCUGGAGUGGAGGGAGGAGGAAGGAGGCCCUGUCCGGACCCUGUCCUUUCCAAGAAGCACCACCAACUCUGUGCUCACAGGCCUGAAACCAAACACAAAAUAUAUCUUCACCUUGUACACACUGUUUGAAGGUCGUGAGGAAGCCACACCUGUCUCCACCACAUCCAGAGAGGAACAGCCAGUGGGAAGGGUUUCCAACCUGCGAGUGGUGGAGUAUCUGGGCAGCACUGUCAGACUUGGCUGGACCGGUGUAGCCGGGGCCACACAGUACAGAGUUAUCAUCUUGAACACUGACUCGCAAACAGAAGAAAUAGGACUCAUUCCUGGAAACAAGACGACCCUUGACCUCAGAGACCUGAUAGCGGGGGUUUCGUAUGGUGUCAGUGUCACGGCACUGGUGGGAGAAAACGAAGGAGACCCGGUGACUGUCACUAUCAAACCAGAGCAAGAUGUGGGAAGGGUGACUAAUCUGAGAGUAAUAAAUGCAAAUAGUCGGAGAAUUCGAAUUACCUGGACAGGUGUUACCGGAGCAACGGGGUACAAGGUUACUUGGAGACAAGGCAACAGUGCAGAACAAUCCCGUACUCUGGGAGCGGAGCUCACGGCCUUCACCCUAGAAGGCCUGCAGCCAGAUGAGACACUAAUAAUUGGUGUUGCAGCUGUUGCUGAUCAGCGUGUUGGAGAGGUGGCCACGCUGGCUACUAAGACCAAUCCCCAAAGUGGGUCAUUUUCUGGACUUCGUGUCCUUGACAUCACGCCUCAGAGAAUACGCAUUGCGUGGUCACUUUCCUCGAGGGCAACUGGGUAUAAGAUCACGUGGCGCCGUGAUGAUGGAGUCGAAACUAGUCGUAACGUUGAUGCCAGUGUUUCUACCUACACUAUCGAUGGACUGCAGCCAGAUUCGGCUUACACAGUGCAGGUUUCUACACUGACUGGAUCUCGAGAAGGGACUCCUGCAGUUCUAGAUGUCAAAACAGAACCAGAUCAGUCCACGGUUGGGACUGUGACAUCACUGCAAGUCCAGGAGGGCCGCGGAGAGGUUGUCCGAGUCACUUGGGUUGGCAUGCAGGGAGCAACAUCUUAUCGUGUGUCUUGGAGGAGAACAGAUGGUGGUGAAGAGAGGAGUCAGCUGGUAGCUGGAGAUGUGACAGCAGUGGAUUUAGACCAGCUGGACCCUGGAGUUCAGUAUGAGGUGCAGGUCAUGGCUUUAGUCCAAAACAGAGAGGGAGCCCCGGUAUCUGUCAGCAUUACCACACCUGGUGAUUAUACCCCGCCUUCAUUGCCUACCACAACUUUACGAGUGGUAGAGGUUACCCAGGAUUCUGUGCGGCUGGGCUGGAGUCCUUUACAAGGUGCCACCGGAUAUAUUCUUCGUUGGAGAGAAGAAUCAGAUAGUGGUCGAGUCUUGUCCACCACGCUGCCUGCGUCAUCUAGCUCUUAUGAGGUGCCCAGGCUGCGUUUGGGCCUUCAAUAUCGAUUUAGCCUGCAACCCAACUUUGCAAGUGGACUAGGAGGGGAAAGCUCUGUAGUUGGACGCCCUGUGUGUGCGCUUGGGUCUCUGGAUGUGGUGUUUCUGGUACCUGCGUCAACUGAUCGUAUUAAUCUUGCAAGACCUUUACGUGAAUUCCUCACAAAUACAGCAGAGUCUCUCAGAACUACUGGAGCCCUCAACACACAGAUCGGGGUUGUAGUAUAUGGUUCUAGACCCAAAAUAUGGUUCCUGCUCAAUCGCCAUGCUAGAUCUGACACCCUUCUUCAAGAGAUUCAGUCCAUACCCUUUGAUGAAAGCCCAGGGAGCAAUAUCGGUGAGGCGGUAACAUUCACCAGACAGUAUCUCCUGACCCCAUCGGCUGGACGGAGACUAAGGGUCCCUGGUGUUGUUGUCAUCAUCGCUGACAAACGUUCCAAUGACGACCUGAGCCUUGCAGCCAGCAGUCUCAAAGCUACAGGUGUGAAAGUCCUAGCUGUUGGUGUCGACCAGGCAGACACUGUGGAGCUGUAUCAGGCUGUGUCAGAUGGCAACAACAACCUCUUGUAUACAAGCUAUCCAGCGCAGCUGAACACGCUACAAUCUAAUCUAGCCGACUUGCUCUGUGGUAUUGCCAGGCCGCAAGAGGGUGACAAGGGAGAACGUGGAGAAAAGGGUGAGAGAGGCAGAGAUGGUGCAGAAGGACGCAAGGGAGAGCCUGGUCGUGAUGGUUUGCCUGGGAGAGAUGGCCCCAGAGGCCCUGAAGGUCGUCCAGGAACACCAGGCCAAAGUGUCCCAAUUGACCCUUCGCUAGUGGUAAAAGGAGAAAAGGGAGAGCGAGGUUUUCCCGGUAUUGAUGGAAAUCCAGGGUUACCAGGGCGACCAGGUGCCCCUGGAAAUGCAGGUGUUCCUGGUUCACAAGGCUUACCUGGUGUCAGAGGAAACCCAGGUGAACCAGGAACACCAGGACCACUGGGGCCCAAGGGUGAUAAAGGUGAAAGGGGUGAACCAGGUUCUGUGACAUCUGGUGGUGGGGGUCUUCCAGGGAGGAAAGGAGAACCAGGCAUUCCAGGAACAGAUGGUAUACCAGGUCGGCCAGGCAGGGACGGCACCAAAGGAGAACCUGGAGUUCCAGGGACACGAGGCCAGGAUGGUCGCCCAGGAAUACCAGGAACAUCAGGGCUUUCUGUCAAGGGAGACAAGGGAAGCCCAGGAGAGAGGGGACCUCCAGGAGUAGGCAGCGGGGUGGCGGUGAAAGGCGAGAAGGGCUCCCCUGGUAUUCCAGGACUUCAGGGACCUCGGGGUCUUCCAGGACCUGCAGGACUUGAGGGCAGAAAAGGGGAGAAGGGUGACAGUGCCGAAGGACAACCUGGACCUCCAGGGAAAAAUGGGGAACCUGGGGACAGGGGGCCCCGUGGGCCUCCAGGAGGAAUUGGCAGCAAGGGAGACAGAGGGCAACCAGGUGAGCCUGGAUCACAGGGAGAUAGGGGGGAGAGAGGACCAGCUGGUGAAACUGGAGAAAGAGGAGAUUCAGGGAAGCCAGGCCCUCCAGGAUCAGCAGGUGUAAGAGGUUUACCAGGACCCAGUGGACCGCCAGGAGAAAAGGGAAAUGACGGUGCACGAGGAGAGCCUGGGAGAACUGUUCAAGGUCUCUCAGGGAGGAAAGGAGAACAGGGGGAGCGAGGUGUACCUGGCCCUGACGGUUCGAGAGGAGAAAAGGGAGAACCAGGGCAGAGAGGAGAGAAAGGGUCUCCGGGCUCUGGAGGGUCAGGUGUUGCAGGACCUAAGGGAGAGCCGGGAGAGCGAGGGCCCGCUGGUAUUAGCGGAAAGCCAGGUGCCAAGGGAGAUCCAGGUGAACCGGGAGAGAGGGGAGAAAAUGGACGCGCAGGAUUCCCAGGAAAGCCAGGCGUUCCCGGUAAACAGGCGGAAAGAGGAGAGAAGGGUGAUGAAGGCAUUCCUGGUGAGUCUGGACUUCCAGGGAAGCCAGGAGAAAGAGGACUGAGGGGUCAGACUGGUCAGCCAGGGCCACCGGGCGAGAAAGGAGACAUAGGAGACCCUGGAGAGAGUGGACGAAAUGGCAGCCCUGGACCGUCUGGACCACGAGGAGAGAAGGGAGAACAGGGACUUCAAGGGCCCCAAGGACCACCAGGAACAGUGGCUGAUAUCCAGGGCCAGCUGAAAGGAGAGAGAGGAGAAAAGGGUGAUGCUGGUGACCCAGGAGAGCAUGGCGGCAAAGGCACGAAAGGUGAGGCGGGGACUCCUGGAGCUCCAGGCCUACGAGGUCCUGAGGGACAACGGGGGCCUCCAGGGACAAGAGGCGACACAGGAGACAGAGGACCACCUGGAGAGAAGGGAGAACGGGGAGCAUCUGGCUUAGAUGGGCGUCCUGGUCUUGAUGGUAAACCAGGGGCUCCUGGGCCACCUGGCCAGAGGGGUGAUCCUGGGAAACAGGGAGAUCCAGGGAGGGAUGGAUUACCUGGACUAGUAGGGGCGCAGGGUCCCCCAGGGCCUGUUGGACCUGCAGGCAAUCCAGGGAUACCUGGUAAAGCAGGUGAAAAUGGCAAAGCUGGACCACCUGGCAAAACGGGCGAGGAUGGCGUGCCAGGUGAAGAUGGUAGAAAGGGUGACAAAGGCGAAGCUGGAGCAGCUGGAAGAGAUGGCCGUGACGGGGAGAAAGGAGACCGUGGUCCUUCUGGGCCUUUAGGCUCCCCUGGUCCCCCAGGAGCACCUGGAUUACCUGGCAGCAUUGGUCCUCCUGGUCAGGUUGUGUAUGUGAAAGGAGCUGAAGCAACACCAAUCCCAGGUCCACAGGGGCCCCCAGGAACGCCCGGUGUCCCAGGAAUCCCUGGAGCUGCAGGAACCAGAGGAGAGCGAGGUCUGCCUGGCCUGAAAGGUGAAACUGGAGACCCAGGAGAGGAUGGAGCACCUGGCAAACCCGGGACGUCAGUGGAUGUACAGAAAGCUCUGGCAGGCUUUGGUAUUCAGGUGUCUGAUCUGAAGAAGGCUGUGGACAGCAAGGACACACUUUCAGAGAAAGGUGAAAAGGGAGAUAAGGGUGAGCCUGGACAGAGAGGACCAUCUGGAGCAGAUGGUGCUCGUGGUUUUCCUGGAGAGAGGGGCGGCAAAGGAGACGCAGGGGACCGAGGACCUGUGGGACCGGCGGGGGCCCCAGGCAGAGCCAUUGUCGAACGAGGGCCAGAGGGACCUCCGGGGCCUGCCGGGGAGCCUGGCAAGCCUGGGAUACCAGGUCUUCCUGGACGAGCUGGGGAACUAGGAGAGGCAGGAAGGCCAGGAGAUAAGGGGGAAAGAGGAGAGAAAGGUGACAGAGGAGAUUCUGGUCGGGAUGGAUUAACAGGACCAGCUGGCCCGCCAGGUCAAAAGGGAGAAUCUGCUGACUCAGUCCUGGUUGGGUCUCCUGGGGCUAGAGGCCCUCCUGGAGUAUCUGGGUUGAAGGGAGAACCUGGUGCUACAGGACCGUCAGGACCUAAAGGAGACCGCGGUUUCGUGGGACCUCGAGGUGAUAAAGGUGAGGGAGGAGAGCCAGGAGAAAAAGGCCGUGAUGGCUCACAGGGAACACCAGGAGCGACUGGAAAACCGGGCCAGGAUGGGAAACCGGGUUCAACAGGGCCUGCUGGUCCUCAAGGCCAACCAGGAAACCCGGGAGAGCCAGGCAUUAGGGGGCCGACUGGUCCCAUGGGUCCUGCUGGGCUGCCAGGUCCACCAGGUGUAAAGGGUAACCAAGGAGAAGCAGGUGUUGGUGUACAGGGUCCUCCUGGUGCACAGGGGAGCACAGGUCUGCCAGGACCAGCAGGUCCCCCAGGAGCUGUGGGUCCACAGGGGCCUCCGGGACUGCCAGGGCAGGUGGGUGAAGCAGGCAAACCUGGUGUUCCUGGAAGAGAUGGGGUGCCUGGCAAAGAAGGAAUACCUGGAUUACCAGGAAAGCAGGGCAUUGCAGGACCUCCAGGCCAGGCUGGCCUGAAGGGGGAGCAGGGAGACAGCGGGCCUCCAGGGAAGGCUGUGGCUGGACCUCCUGGACCCAAAGGAGAGAGGGGUCCUCCUGGUUUAACGCUGCCAGGCACAGCUGGAGAGAGAGGUCCAAUUGGUGAAAAGGGUAACAAGGGAGACAAAGGUGUUGCUGGCAUCAAAGGAGAAAGAGGACAAGCUGGUGAAUCAGGAGAACCUGGAGAAGAUGGGGCACAGGGAUCUCCCGGGCCAAAAGGCGAUAAGGGAGAGAAAGGGAUAGGACUUGCAGGUCCUCCUGGUCGGAAUGGGCCUCCAGGUUUAAAAGGGGAUCCAGGGAUGCCUGGUCCAGCUGGUCCUCCAGGUCCUGCAGGGAAAACAGGAGACAGUGGGCCACCUGGUGUGAGAGGAGAAAAUGGACAACCUGGACCUCCUGGACCCCCGGGAGAGAGGGGUCUCCAAGGCUUUGCUGGCCGUGCAGGAAAUGUUGGUCCCCCUGGUCCUCCUGGACCUCCUGGAUUGGCAGGAUCUCCUGGUACUAACGGGGUCAAAGGAGACAAGGGGGAAACUGGUGUCGGCGUCCCCGGUGCGAGAGGUGAAAGAGGAGAUCCAGGGCCCAGAGGCGAGGAGGGUCGAGCUGGAUUGGAUGGGGAGAGAGGAUCAUCUGGGGCUCGGGGAGAGAAGGGAGACAGCGGGCCGCAAGGUGACAAAGGAGAGAAGGGGGACACUGUGCUGGUGGGAGGACCUCCUGGAGAAAAGGGCAACAAAGGAGAAACAGGUGACAGAGGACCCAAAGGUAUACAAGGAGAAAAGGGGGUAAAAGGUCAAGAUGGUCCACCAGGAGAAGUGGGUUUGAGAGGAGAACCUGGAGAACGAGGAUCUACCGGUUUCCCAGGUGCCAGAGGACCUGGUGGGCAGAAGGGAGAAGCAGGCCAACCUGGAGUACCUGGUGAAUCGGGAUUACUGGGAAAAGAUGGACUGCCAGGGCGUAAGGGUGAACAGGGAGAGACUGGUAACGUGGGAAUAAGAGGAGUUAAGGGUGACCGAGGACCCAAGGGAAUUUGUGGAGGCGAUGGACCCAAGGGAGAAAAGGGAAAUGCUGGUGCCAAUGGAAGAUCAGGCCUACCAGGGAGAAAGGGUGAACAGGGGGACAUCGGACCUUCUGGGGCCCCGGGGAUCCCUGGAAAAGAGGGACUAGUUGGUCCCAAGGGUGACCGUGGUUUUGAUGGGAUUGCAGGACCCAAAGGAACUCAGGGAGAGAAAGGUGAAAGGGGUUUACCUGGUGUACCUGGUCCUCCAGGUCCCAGAGGGGCAGAUGGAGGCCCCGGCUUGACCGGCCCACAAGGGCCAGCUGGUGCUAAGGGCCCUGAGGGGCUCCAGGGACAAAAGGGGGAGAGAGGUCCAAUUGGCCCUGCCGCAGUUGGUCCGCGUGGUAUCCCAGGAAUCCCGGGGGAGCGAGGAGAGCCGGGAGACAUGGGCCCAGAUGGAGCCAAGGGAGACAGAGGAGAGGCAGGCAUGACGGAGGAAGAGAUCAGAGAGUAUGUUCGCUCAGAGAUGAGUCAGCACUGUGCGUGUGGAGGUUCAGGUCCGAACAUUCGGUACCCGCCAGUCAGGGCUCUGCCUACACCAGAGCAACAAUUGGCGCUGAAGGGUGAGGAGGGCCGUGAGCUGCACAUGGUGGUAAAUACCAAUGACCCAGACUACGAGCAUGUCUACUCCGUCGAAUCCUAUGACGACCCCUUGGAGGAGAUGCUCUACUUCACAUCUCCCUCGGCCAACCAGAGUGAUGGUGAGGUUGACAGAAAGAAAUCUGAGAAAACAGUCAGAAUUGAACCUAACAAAUCAGCAAGUGCUGACGAUCAGGCAACAGCUGAUGGUCAGGAAGCAGUCAAAGUUACACAUCUGAAAGCAGCCAAGUCCAGAACAGUCAGGUCCAAGAGGAGAGUCAAAGGGGAAGCUCCAGCAGACCCGUGCUUUCUGCCCAUGGAUGAGGGAAGCUGUGGAAAGUACACUAUGCGCUGGUAUUUUAACAGACAGGCUCAAGCCUGCAGGCCCUUCAUCUACAGUGGCUGUGAAGGAAAUGACAACCGUUUCCUUCACCUGGAGGAGUGUGAAGAGACCUGUCUUGGGGAGGCUGAUGGUUCUCCUCCCUUUAAGACAGCGAGAUGAUUGUGGCCCACUCGUCCUCCGCCACAGGAUGAUAGGCUUUUGUAGAUCACUAUGAUGUCAAAUGUCGGUGGUUUUAUUUUUGUUUAUUUAUUGUUGUUUUGUUUUUUUAACCCAACCAAACUUUACCCUGCUAAAAAGGGAGACCGCAAUGCCUCAUAGGUCUGUUUUUUCUUUUGCUUGUUUACCUGACUUUAACACAUCUCAGUUUAACUAUUCCACCAUACCACAGUAUUGAGUGCAGUUCUUGUGGCACACUGCUACAGUAUUGAUACUAAACUGCCAAACUCAUCGUACAGUGGAAUAACAUCUUGCUGCUUAGGAAGGUUACCAAUUUGGUGAAGCUCAGUAUGUUUCAGUAACUUGCAGGUUGUUUGAGGGAGGCUGUUGUUUGCAGGUUGCAAUCAUUAUUCAUCAUUUGCAAGAUGCUUGCAGUUUCACUUAUUACCUGAAAGAAAUUGCUAAAUAUUUCACAUUAAGUUAGUUUUUUUGUUUUGUUUUUUGUUCUGAUUUUGAAAUUUAACACCAGAAAAACAAACUGCAAUCCUUUACAAGCUCUGUUCAUAGAAACACAAAAGGACCAAAAUAGAGGAUUGUAAACAGUAAACAUAUUGGCAAACAUUGUGUCUCUCUCUCGCUCUAAUACAAUGCUAAAAAGGCACAGUUCAUUUCAAACUUAGAGAAAAUACACAGGAAUAAAUGACGUUAUUUCAGCAAAACAAAAACAAGGGGAAAAAAGCUAUAUGUAAUUUUUCUUUGCAACGCUGAAUGACUUUGUUUUAGACGACAGGACAAACAGCAUCUGUUAUGAACUUCACUCUAAUGGUAACUACACAAUGCUGUGUAAUAAGGUGCAGGUGUAGUUGUACUCUAUUUCCAUCUAUGUACACACUGUUUAACUGGCUCUGUGCUAUUUAGCAAAGAAGAAAAAGUUGACACCGGUGUAGGUUCUGGAAACAAAAGGCGUUACCUGCACAAAGUAACAAUAUUUUUUGUGAACUGAUUUAAAACACUAAAACCAUGAACAGGUUUUAGUUAAAAAAAAAUGUCUUUAAAUCCUUAAAGCCUAAACUUUGAAAUAAUUGCUAAAACAUUCAAAGUUUUUUGAAAAUCCAUCCAUCCAUUCUCUUCCGCUUAUCCUUGUCAGGGUCGUGAGGGGGCCGGAGCCUAUCCCAGCUAUCAUAGGGUGAGAGGGGCAGGGUACACCCUGGACAGGUCACCAGUCUGUCGCAGGGCCAACAUAUAGAGACAAACAAGCAUUCACAUCCACAUUCACACCUAUGGGCAAUUUAGAGUUAGCAGUUAAAAUAACCCCAAAAAUGGAAUGACAAAAAUGAAAAAUAAAUAUUGAUUUGCAUAUAUGAGUUUUAACUUAACUCAUAUUUGUCAGGUUUUUGGGAGAAAAAAAUCACAGUGAUGACGUGGAAGACUGAAAACCCAUGAAUCAAACAUGGCUUUAAAGGAUUAAAGGAUAAUGGCGUCAUAUGUUACAUGUUAACAGCACAGAGUAUUUAGGUUAAAUAGCGUGAUGUAAACACAUACACCCUGGAAAAAGAAAAAGAAAACAAAGAAAUAACAUGAAAUGUAUACAACUAGCCUCAGCCUUCACACCAGGCUUUCAGAAACGGUGAUUUCCUGUCUUCACCUGCGGCACAUCUUAAGAGCUGAUCCAAACUUUACUUCUUCAGUUUUCUAAUGUUAUCCAUACAAACGUUAAAUAAAACUCCAGCCCGCAGAUUCCUCAAAUAACCCCUCGCACUUCUCUCCAUGAAAAUAACUAUGCAAGCACAAAUAUAUUUGACUAUUAUUACGAAUAUAGUUUUAUCGUAUCUGUUAAAUAUGAAGAAUCAAGCGCAAUAUUCUGCCAAUAUUUUGUACAUACUGUUUUUAUCAUUAUUUGUGGGGAGUUGUGUUACUGUUAAUGCCUGCUUGUUUACUUACCAGAGAAAAGGUGCUAUUUUUAAAUGUAUUUUUAUAGUUUGUUGAAGGUGUCUUUGUGCGGUGCAGACAUUUCUGUUUGUCAUGGAACAUUUUAAUAAACAUUUCAAAUAAA